GCAAGAAGGGGCACUUGAGCCUUCAAGUUUGUGGCAGUGCUGAUACUUCCAUCUUGCUAUAAACGCCCCUCUUAUGAUUUAUAACGCCAUUGGUUAGCAAAGAAAUAACUUGUUAUUCUAUACAAAGUAUUCGCUGCAAUCAGCCAAAUUAACCAUGGACCACGAUCUCAAUGACGACCAAAUGCCAGAUGAGGAAGCAGUGGACGCUUUCAUCGACUCAGACCUCGAUUCAGAUCUCGAAGACACUUCUGUGAGCAUCGGGUUAAACAAAACGGGCGAGCGUGGCAGCGGCUAUCAUACUCGCAAUGACCCCUCUGCACCAUAUCAGCGACAAACAGUCACGGAGCGCCGGGGCAUUAUAGAAGUUCGCUGCAAAUCACGAGAUGUUAUUCAUGGAGUCCUAUCAGAAGAGACGGGAGAAAACGGGACGCUUGUUGUCUACGAUUUUUACCUUGAUACAACUCGGAGAUCACGACGGAUCGUGUCUGCGUCGCUGGAAUUCGAGUUUGCCAAUGUUGUUCCCGGAGUUCCCGCACCUCAAGUUCAGGCCAUAGCGCCUUCGGGACGUGUGACCUUAUUGCCUUCAACUCAAGAGGAGUCGGUGACUCAUGGAGCUGAAAUGAACGCAGGCGUGAGUGAAUUAGGCGCAAAUGCUGGCGGGACCCUUAAGUGGGAGAAGACUGUGAGCUAUACGGCGAGCGACGAUGCUAGAGUGACGGGGCACAUCUUCAGCGAUGACUACGGCAAAGGCGUUGGUGCGAGCUGGGUCCUCCACGAGAAUGCGAUGCUCAAAUCGGGCGUACCAAGCUUCCUGCGCUGUGCCAUCUUGCUUAACCGCGGAUUCGACGACAACAAGUUUCAGUGUAAAGUGAGGAUCAAGGUAGAAGCGGAUUGGAAGUCUGAAAUGGGUCGAUUGUUUGGCUCAACUCCUCCGGAUGACCCAGUUUUGUUCGACCCUGAGAUGCCUUCCACUAAUAAGCUACGGAAAUACGAUACAGAGAACUUGGGUUCUAUUGGCUUGGACGAGUUUACAGAUAUAAUUUUUGACAAGAAAUUGAAGAAGAAGGAGGAAGCUUAGUGAUAGCAGAUGGCGAGGGAGCAUAUUGAUGUCCAGCAGAAUGGCUGGACAGCUUGGGUAAAAUCAGAGCCGCUCUAGAUAAAGGAUGGGCUCUACUAGGCAUAGCGUUCAGCAACGCAGCAACGCCGCUUGAUUAGCUAAAGAUUACUAUACAACUGUCUCCAUAGAUCCAUCAAGUUUAACUGGGGUGUUACAGUAGUACUAGUGGUAGUGCCAAGUCCAUGGGCUGACAAGCUAAACGCAGGCAGAGACGGAUUUGUAAGACUGUUGCUGUGAGUUGCC